UACCAGUUGAGUCAUACCAAUCCUUUCACUCUCACUCCCUUCUGCACUUCUUUUUGGACUUCCACUUCCAAACGAACGGGGAAGGCGCAACCUGCUUCCGAUCGACGCCGAGGUCCCCAUUCUUGCAGUUCUGAUUCUGAGGAAGGAAACGAUUGGAAGAAUUUGGCUCCAAUUUUUCGAUUAUUGGUGUUUAAUUUAUUCAUUUACUAGAAAAUGCCAAUCAAUUACGAAUCGGCGACGCCGCCUCCGCGGAUUGGGAAGAUCGGGCCGUACACCGUAUUUUUGACGCCACCGGCGACGCCAAACUCCGGCCGAGGACCAGAAUCUCCCGGUGUAAUUGCUCCGGUUCAAGUUCCGGUCGAGAAACCCUCCCCUCCCCCGGUCAUGGCUCCGCCUGCGCAGUUCUUCAAAGAAAAGCCUCCAUCACUUGGUUUCCUCAGGGACACGGUGGCCAAAAUUCAAAAUGCGCAUGCGAGUUUGGAUGAGCAUGUAGCUCGUUGGUUUGGUUUGGAUCAAUCCAAGUACCAGUGGGCAUUGAACGAUUACUAUGAAUGCAACGAGAAGAAUCCAGAAGCAAAACCACAAAUCACACCCGGUAGAGUGCCAAAUGUAUGAAAUGGUUCUUGGUUUCUAAAUUCUGGAAUACCAAAGAACAAGACCACAGUUUCAUUGGUACACUUGUUCUUGAAGUGGCUGAUGUUAUGCAUGGAAACUUCACCCUAUUAAUGCCCUGUAAUAUUAUGUAAUUUUUAUUAUUGCCUAGAUCAGAUGUCUUACAGAGUUGCCUAUUGCAUGCUCCUCCAUUCUUAUGUUACUAAUAUUAUAGUAUCAUGUAAUAUUUAUAUUCAAACUAUGGUAAUAACCGAAUCUUCUGUUGGGUGUC